UGGUGGAAAAAAAGCUUCACUUCACAGUCAUCUCUUGGUUUCUGCAGAUUAAGGCUAGCUCCUGACAUUAAGAUGCUUUGUACCUUCAGCCUUAUCUUGGUGUUAACAGGACUUUGCAGGUCUGCUCUGAUCAGCAAGAGUCAUGAAGGCGAUGAUCCUCUGCUGCAGUAUGUGGUCAAUAACUCUCUGAGAGAGCAUCCAGUGCUGACCAAACUACGACUGAGAACUAUGGAGGAUGCCAGAAACGUUAUGAUGGUUGCAUCUGAGCAGGCUCAGCUUAUGGCUAAUCUGGCUAAACUCAUAGAAGCCAAUAAAACUAUUGAGAUUGGUCUGUACACUGGAUACAACGCCUUGAGUCUGGCUCUUGUAGUACCUGAGAAUGGAUGUGUGGUGGCCUGUGAAAUUAAUGAGGAUUAUGUGAAAAUAGGCAAGCCAUUUUUUGCUGAGGCUGGAGUGGAGGAUAAAAUUGAUAUUCGUCUUAAACCUGCUGUUGAAACUUUGGAUGAACUUCUAAGUGCAGGUGAAGCUGGAACGUAUGACUUUGUGUUCAUCGAUGCUGACAAGAAGAAUUAUGAAACAUACUAUGAAAAAUCUCUCCAGCUUGUGCGAAAGGGUGGCAUUGUAGCUAUCGAUAAUGUCCUCUGGGGUGGACGGGUCAUUAACCCAGCUGAAGACGACCUUUCCUCACAAGCCAUAGACAAACUAAACAAAAAGUUACACAAGGAUGAGCGGAUUGAUCUUAGUAUGCUCACUGUUGGAGACGGCCUAACACUGGCCAUCAAAAGAUGAUGUAAUUCAUUUGAAAAAUAAAUAAAUCAAAAUAAAGGCUGAUUACGCAUA